CUACCCCCGAAAAGGAACAGCGCUCUUGUAAAUUCUCUUAGGAAAAUUUUGACAUCUCAACGUUAAGGAUUUCACUAAAUUACGUCACAUAAAAGGAUACGACAAGAAGAUCAUGUGUCAUAGUGACAGAUGUAUUGGCUGUCCGAUUGUACAAACAGUCACAAUAAUGCGGAGAGCCAAUCAUGGCCAAGUACGAGACUACUGUCUCCAGAGUAUCGAUAAGGUACUGAUUUGCGUAUUCAGACAAAAUUCCGUACGUAUUCAUUGUCCUUAAACUUCUAUAACGAAGGAGGAGGUAUUUUAGCGAACGAUACGAGGGACAUCGAAAUAUGAGACUGAGUUAAAUCUUGUGAAGAAAACUUAAAACCAAGGAAUAAAGUAAUAGAAGAGAAGAGAAUCGUGAAAAUACUUCUAACAAUUGAUUCUACUUCCUGUCUCCUGUUCGUUAGCAAUCUAAAUGAAAUGAUCUUUGAAAUUCCGAUUUUAUCCCCAUUUUCCAUCCCACGUUUACUGACGUCCAGGUUUCGCUAACUGUUCUUUCAUCUCCAAAUUGUCCAUCGGAUAAAUUUGGGGUUACGCAUUCAAUUUUUUGAGCAACCAGCCAAGGGAUACACCUUCGACACAGCAUAUACUAAUAGAAACGCGUUUAACAAAGCAACGUACUGCGGAAAUUUACAUACAGAAGAAAACAAUAGCACAAAGAGGAUCCCGAAAGGGAUUCAUCUCCCUUAAAUACUGAAGCACAUGCUUAUAAUCGUUAAGGUUCAAUGUUCUACCCCUCUUGUUAGAGGAGAAGCAGCCAAUGGUGAUGCUAUCCUUUGUGGAGAUUAGGUAACAUUGCUCCUAGUCCCCAUUUCAUUGUUACCAGAUAAAAGUAAGUUAAGGUUACGGCCAAUGGUGAAUCCAUGAAUGGCUUCUCUACGGAAAUCUGACCAUUUGAAUCAUUUGCAGAAAGCAUGCUUUGUUUCUGGAUUGAUAGAUUGAGCAAACUUUAUUCAAAAACUAUCUGAAACUAAAUAAAAAAUAAACUGGCUCAUUCAUCAUGGUAAAGCAAAAUCAAUAACUUUCUCAUCCCUGACCUUCUUUUGUUUUUUUUUUUUUCAGAGAAGAAAAAAGAAAGGUGGCAAUGCUAGCCUUGAUUCCUUUUGUCUCCGCAAUCCGUUACCCCGGAUGUAAAAAAUUCAUGAUAGCGGAAUAACCAAACGUGAUUGGCCAUAACGUCCCCAUUUACCCCACAUAAUAAAGAACGAAACCGCGUUUUUCCCGGACACUUUGAUUGGUUAAGUUUAGUGUGAUUUUACAUUCCGCAUUAUUUCUAUUUUUAUUCAAAGCAAUGAAAGGAUCAACGAAAGAGCUUCGGACGACUAGCAACGAGUAGUGGUAGAAUGCGUUAUUGAGAGAACGACAGUUUUCAUACUUCCGGUUUGUGCAUUGGUACGUCUUCACAAUUUAUUUUUAACAACACGGCUUACGAUGCCCUGAUAAAUAAAUAUGCCUUGCAUGUGUGUAAAGAAGUUUCGAAAUUAAAGAUUUUGAACAGGUAAAAUGAGAUAAAUCUUCCACAGGAAUGGAAAGAAGUGAAAAAGGGAUCUCUUUGUAACUUUAUAUUCGAAAUUUAGGCCUUCAUUCUUGCACCUAAAUCCGGCUCGUUUGCAACACUUUUCCCAGAAUUCAGCCUAACCAAACGAGGGAGAAGACAGUGAAAAACAAAACAAAACGAAAAUGAAAAGAAAAGAACAAAACAUGACUUGAAAUUGUCUUCUCAAGUCACACAACCAUGCAAAUUAAUCUCUCAAAUACCUUACCUUGUGACUCACUAUUUUCUGUCUCCAGUGGUUUUUUUCCAACACGCGCUUCCAAGGGACAAUUGUACAGUAGAUUGUAAGAAAAGUUUCCUUUUUUUUCUUUUCUUUCUCUUUCAUGGAUUCUUCUUCAAUAGUUGCAAACCGAGAGCCAGAGGGUCGUUCCGAAGAGGUUUUGGGAAACCCGUCUGAAACUCUGUACAUUCGAAAUAUUGAAGAAAAAAUUCGGCUUACCCUGCUGAAACAGAUUCUGGAGCACUUGUUUGGAGCGUACGGCAAAGUACUCAGUGUUCAAGCUAGAAAGACGUUACGCAUGCGCGGUCAAGCAUUUGUUGUUUUUGAAAAUAUUCAAGAUGCAAGUCGUGCUCUGCAAGACCUCCAAGGCUAUCCCUUGUAUGGAAAGCCUAUGAUGAUCCAGUUUAGUCGAACAAAAAGCGAUGCCAUAGUCAGUCUUCAAAAUCCACAAGAAUUAGAAGCAAAGAAAGUUCAACGGCGUGAACGAAGAGAGUAUUUAAAACGCACAGGUGCACUACAACCGCCUGCGCCUAAACCUGCUCAUAAGAAACAACCCGUAAAACGUACUGCUCCAGGAGAACGGAAAUUGAAUAUCAACGAAGAUUUGCUUCCUCCCAACAAAGUUCUUCUACUUCAAAACCUUCCCCAAGAAGUUACUGCUGAAAUCCUUACACAGAUUUUUGAAGCAUAUCAGGGCUUCCAGGAGGUUCGUAUGGUUCCAGGACGCAGGGGAAUUGCCUUUGUUGAAUAUGAUACAGAAAGAGAGGCUGGCAUUGCAAAAAACGGCACGACAGGUAUGGCGCUCAGUGGAAAUCAGGUCAAAGUCACCUUUGCCAGAAAAGCAUCUUAGUAGGCUGGGCUCUAAAUGGAACUUGACUUAUGGUUUAUUCUAAAAAAUAUGAAAACAGAGAUCGUUUCUUUCGUUUCGUUUAAAUUAUGAUAGUUGGAAAGGUUUCUGGUUCGAACUUAAAUGUCUCGAAUCAUCUAAGACGUGGACAACACUUUAAAGCCGGUGUAUUUCCCAGAAGAACCUUUCAUCAACUCUACGUUCCCUUUUUUCAUUAACGACUCCAAAACUUUCUGUAGCAGACCUUCCUCCAAGCAAUCCACUUCCUUGCAUUGUUCCUGUAAUUCAUAAAAGGUGCAUACAGCACCGUCUCUUCCGGUUUCAAACAACUUUAAUGGUUAGUAAAAUUGUGGUAAUGAAAAUGGAAUUCUGUUGUUAAACUCGUAGUAUCAUCGUACAUACCCAUUUUAUGAUAAUAUUUCCCCAUUCAGCAACUGACCGCCAAUAUACCCAAAACGUAUCUCUUGGUUCUUUCUUUUGAGUCCAUUCUGCAUAACUCUGCUUCACCAUGUCUUCUACGAUUUCCCGAAACACUGGUAAAGGCAACGUACCUUAAUGAACCAUCAGUCAUAUGCACAUUGUAGGGUAGAAACUUACGGUGAAUGGCCUCAUUAUGAAUCAAUGGGCUUUCUAGUAACUCGGCAUGUAUACUCAGCUGAGUAAUUCUAUGCUCCCGGCACCAAAUAAGGAUCCAUUUUUGCCAAGCGGUUUUCUGAGAUUGCCAGGCGUUUUCAUUCACUUGGCGAGUAAAAAAUGGAGGAAAAUUAUAUAUAGCUGGGAUUUUCAUAUUCUUAAACGCUGAACUUUCUUUUGGGUGCAGAAAGGUUCCUUUAUGGAUUGUUUGCUUUCCUCCAUGUAAACUACAAAGGUAUACGAAAGAGUCUGAGGAACUAAUUAUGGAAAGCGAGUUUUCUAAGGAUAGGCAAUGUUAGAAACAAAUGAAAAUAGAAAGAAAUGAUCCAAUUGAAAAAGUCAGGAUGGUCAAGAAAUGAAAUGGAAGUGAAUUUUUGUUUGCUUGAAAGAACAAACGUUCAUUGACAGUAGUACUAAAGAUGUAUCUGUAAGAGAGAGGAAUGAACUCAAGCGCACUACUCCUGCGUUUUUUCAGUUUCUAAAAUUAAGCUACAUCACACCGAUAGUUUGUGUUGUCUUUUAAGAAGUGCCAGCAGUAUUUCGAAAGCAUGCAAGCGAACAUCUUGUUUCAUUCUUCUACAGACACUAUGUGUAUUAAAUAUUUGUGAGAGAGAUGCAGAUCAGAGUAGAAACGUGUCCCAUCUGGUCACAGGCUCCUCCAAUGCAAACGCUUACUACUUUGGUUUAUGUUUGAGUCUGUGUUCAAUGGUUUCCAUCAAUGAUAUAAAGGAUUUUUUUUUUGCAUUUGUAUUCCUUUCAAUGACAUUUCAUUGAAACUUUAUGCUGAACCAUAUUUUCAUUCAUCCUGUCCUGGAUCUAAGAAACUGCAACAUGUACGGAUGGCAAACAUAUCCAUUCUCAAAAAAAUAUACAAUAUCACUGAGACUAAAAGAUUGAACUAAAGUACUUGCCCUUCUUGCGCUUGACUUGGUCGAAUCUCAGCUGUCCUAUAUAUGAAUGACGAGUUGAGUAUUUUAAAUGAAACCUGAUAAAUUUUUCGUUUCUUAAAUUCUAGCAGGGAAGACUUCUAUGCAUCAUGCAGAAAACCAUUCAAUACGAACGAUGGCAUUCUAUCUCUAUUUUUUAGGAUAUCUUUUCGAGUGCCUAAAAUAAAUUCAGUAGUCAGAAUCAAGAGCACAUAAAUAAGACUCAUUUCUUUAAGGAAGAAAGCUUACCUCUAUCAUAAUAACAGAAUUUCCGCGAAUCGUAACAGACCCAAUUUUGACUUUUUCACCAUCUGCUUUUUCCUCGGUCGUGUCUUCAAGCACAAUGUUCAGAAAGAUCUUUCCUUAUUAGUAUCUUUGCAUGUUGUAACUAAUUACUUACAUCGUAACCACGUAAAACACCAUAUACUUUGCGCGAACCGUUCAAUUGAACAAAAACCUGUUUGUCCAGAU